AUGACGCCCACCUUCCACGGAGGGAAGGGCCGAGGGCGAGGUCUGUCUCCGCCAGAGGGCAGGCAGGGCAGCGGCGCCCGGAUCGGGACCAGAGUCCGGGAGAGACGCCAAAGCCACCCAAGGAGGAGGGAAGGAAGGAGCUGGGCAGGCCAGAGCAGCAGGUCGGGAGGAAGGCAGUUGCCUGGAAUCAAGAUGACGACGGCUGCACCGGCUGCUGAGGAUUCCCUAUCUUUGACAAAUGUGACCACCAAGUCUCAGGAACAAGUUCUUUAUCAGAGUUCUGGCGCGAUUGUGGCGGCCAUUGUGGUUGGCAUAAUUGUUAUAUUCACUGUGGUUCUCCUCUUGCUGAAAAUGUAUAAUAGACGGAUGAGGACAAAGCGAGAGCUGGAACCGAAGAACACCAAAGCCACAAUCCACCCCACUUUGACACCGAGCAGCAAUAGUCCCGCCCGCAACCCAACAGUGACAUUUGUCCCCGUGGACAUCCACAUGCCACACAGAAGACCGUGAAGCAUCAGGGCCUUAGAGACUGGCAACAAAGAACAACAUUGCUGCUCUUAGUAAGACUGUGGAAUUGGCAUCAGAAAGGAAGUAUGAACAACGUAGACAUUACCAAUGGUCCACGUUUUGUGGCCAGUUGACCAUGCCUCUUUUUUCUUUUGGAAGAGGAAAGAAUCUGCUUCUCAGUAUAACUAAGGGAAUGCCAAGGUGGAACUUGGGUGUGAAACGGUGCUCUUUUUUGGUUUUGUUUCCUUACCUGCAGAUAUUGAAGGGCAACUAACAGCAAGGCUACCUCUGUUGCUGGAUCAAGAAUGUAGUUCUUCUAAGUUGUAGAUGUGCCUCUCACAUUCCCACAGUCUUGUGGAUGAGAGUAGACGUUGCUGGUUGGAGACUCUGUAGAGAUGUGGGAAGCCCCUUUCCACCUGUGUUUGAGUUAGUCCCCCAUUGCGUUCAUCUUGCCCUAUAUGCUCAGAAAGAAGCAACUCCUAUCCCAAAGCAUCCUCCAACUUUGCAUACACCUGCUUCUAUUUAUUUAAAGAAAAAGUUUCAUGCUGUCAAUCAGUGCCUUGCGAUUAUAUUUCCGUCAUAAAUGAGCAAAAGUAGAAUACAAUAGAAAACAAAAUUCCAAAACAGCAUGCGCACACAUGUACACACCUGGAAGUUCAAUAAUAAUAUAAUAAUACUAGCUGUCCCCUGCCACGCGUUGCUGUGGCCCAGUCUGUUGAUCUGGAAAAUAAAGUAAUGAGAAAGUGUUGGUUUCUAAAA